ACGCCUUCUUCUUGGAGGCUGAAGCUGGGCAGGUCUCCAAAGACUCAGCAGCCACAACAAUCCCGCAGUUCAAAGUUAAGCAGCAGUUGCACAACUUCAGCAACUGUCUCAGCCGGCUACUAGGAGCUGAAAGCCAGGGAGAUCUGAGGAGGAGAAGAGCAGCUUCCAGCCCCCUGCUUUCAGUCUGGAAAACCCAGAGUCAGCCCAGCAACAGAUCACGGAGGUACCGGCCUUGUGACUUGCUUGCCAGAAGACCAUGGCUCCUUUUGGAAGAAACUUGUUGAAGACUCGGCAUAAAAACAGGUAAAGCCAAAUCUCCAACUAAAGACAUGGAAUCAGAAGAGAAGGAAAUUGUAGUUUGGGUUUGCCAAGAAGAAAAGAUUGUCUGCGGGUUAACUAAACGCACCACCUCUGCUGAUGUCAUCCAGGCCUUGCUGGAGGACCACGAGGCUACUUUUGGGGAGAAACGCUUCCUGCUGGGAAAGCCCAAUGACUAUUGCAUCAUUGAGAAGUGGAGAGGCUCAGAACGAGUUCUUCCUCCGCUGACCCGAAUCCUGAAGCUCUGGAAAUCAUGGGGAGAUGAGCAGCCUAAUAUGCAAUUUGUUUUGGUUAAAGCAGAUGCUUUUUUCCCGGUUCCUUUGUGGCGGACAGCGGAGGCCAAAUUAGUGGAAAACACAGAAAAACUGCGGGAGCUCAGCCCAGCUAAUUACAUGAAGACAUUACCACCAGAUAAACAAAAAAGAAUUGUCAGAAAAACAUUCCGGAAACUGGCUAAAAUCAAACAGGACACGGUUUCUUACGAUCGCGAUAAUAUGGAGACAUUAGUUCACCUGAUCAUCUCCCAGGAUCACACUAUUCAUCAGCAAGUGCAGAGGAUGAAAGAGCUGGAUCUGGAGAUCGAAAAGUGUGAAGCCAAGUUCCACCUUGAUCGUGUGGAAAACAAUGGAGAAAAUUACGUCCAGGAUGCAUAUUUAAUGUCCACUUUCAGUGAAGUUGAGCCCAAGUUAGCCUCGCAGCCUGAGGAAGACCAGCCUCUGGAGGACCUGAGCGAAAGUGAUGGGAUUGUACAGUUGGAAGAGCGACUGAGAUAUUACAGGAUGCUCAUCGAUAAACUCUCAGCUGAAAUUGAAAAAGAAGUGAAGAGUGUUUGCUCUGGAAUAAGUGAAGAUCCAGAAGGGGCAGCUGCAGAUGAACUUGAAAACCCUAAUAUAGACAGUGUUAAGUGUGAUUUGGAGAAAAGCAUGAGAGCUGGUUUGAAAAUCCACUCUCAUUUGAGUGGCAUCCAGAAAGAGAUUAAAUACAGUGACUCACUGCUUCAGAUGAAAGCAAAGGAAUAUGAACUGCUAGCCAAGGAGCUGCAUUCCCUUCACCUGAGCAAGGCAGAAGAGUGCCUUUUAAAGGAAAGCAGAGGGAAGGAGGCUGAGGCUCCCUGCAGCAGCGAGGAGACGCCUCCCCUUCCCCAAAGGGUCUUCAGCACCUACACAAAUGACACAGACUCAGACACUGGAAUCAGCUCCAACCACAGUCAGGACUCGGAAACCACCGCUGGGGAUGUGGUGCUGUUGUCCACCUAAUGCCAGUGGCUUCCUCUCACUUGCUUUAAUGCUGUCUGUAUUUUUGAAAUUUAAUAUGAAAGUAUGUCACAAAACUUUUCUGGGAGAAAAAAGCAAACCAUGUCAAAAUAUUUAGUAGGAAAUAAAAAACAGUGAAUUUUUCUUUUUCUUUUUCCGCUUUUUUGGUGUAAGAUUUCCAAUGUGACUUUAUUAUAGGUUCAAGCAAUGAAUUAUUUAUUAGGAAUGCUACAGAACUCGCUUAUCACUAUAGAACACAGAAUUAAUUUAAUGGGAAUUAUUUGAUAAUCACAUAGCUUCUAUGGGGAAUGAUUUUAUAUAAAUUUUAAAACAAUUCUCAAUAAUACAAAAUAUUGAAACCACAUAUGAAGACGUAAUAGUCAAUAUGUCAUAUCUUUUUCACAUUUUGUCCUUAGAAUUUUUAUAUCUAUAAAAUACUGUGCUGUAUUUGCGUUAAUCCAAUUUUGGUUCUGUCAAUACUUAGCUUGUACAAUCUAUCAUGUUUGUCACUUCCUGAAGGCUUCUACCCAUUUAUGCCUACAUGACAGGUGACUGUUGGGGCAUGUACACGUACUGGCAGUAGGUUACAAUAAGUGUAGAUGAGGCAAGCCAGGUGCUGCAUACCAGCUUUCUGUUUCCUGAAGGGAAAAAAAAAAGCCCCAAUGAUUAAAACUAUUAUUCAGAGCUAUGCAUCAGCUUUUGCCACUUGGAAACUGAGAUAUUUUGAUCAGAUCAGUAUUAGAUGAAGGUUCCAGCUUGGAGAUAUACUGUGAGUUAAGAGAAAAUCAGUUACAGCAUUGUACAUUUAUGCCCUAUUUGCCUAAGCAAAGAGAUAAAAUUUAAAGUUGUUUGUGUGGGUGAAAUAGUGUUUUACAUGCCAUCGUUAUGAACAAUUUUUCUCUGAAUGCAUGACGGGAAAUUUACACGGACAGACGCGUUAUUCUGUGUGCUGUAUUUUAGAUUGUCUUCUGAGGAUGUCACCCAAAGUGCUUAAAUGAGUUUUUUCACUGUAAGAAGUCCUAGCGACAUCUCAGGCAUGCUAGUAAAAGCACAAGAAGUCGAAUGGAUUAUUUAGAUACUGCUUUAAGUAACAGUCACUUUAGUUCCCAAAUAUAUUUGGCUUUCCUUGAUUUUUAAUUAAGAAUUUUAUUUUUCCCCCUUCUCUUUCUUUCUCCUUAUCCACCCGCCUGCCUGUCCUCCUGUUUCCUGCUGAUUUCCUCUCCUCUUCUCAUGACCUUUCCUUUUUCCAUUCCUUCCUUCCUUCCUUCAUAUUGGGAAGAAUCUUAUUCUUUUAUGGUAAUGAUAACUGAUCAGUUUCUGUUUUGUUUUGGUUUAUUGCUUUUUACCUUUCUUGUAUAUGUGAAUAUGUAAGUAGAAACAUUAUGUUGUGUAGGCUUCAUAUGUGAAGAUUCCAAGUAUUUCUUGUUUCUUGCCUUUUUAUUCACACUGCAGUGAGUUACAUUUAUUUUUUAAAAAUCAUAAACCAUUAUUUGUAUUUUAUCGAUAGCUCGGUAUUAAUGUACACUUUCUUGAAUGCUCUUAAUCUGUUCUUUCAUUCUUUCCUCUCACUCUCAUUUAUUUUUUUAUGAUCUUUGAGAACAUAUUCUGAAUUUCCAUUUUUCAACUUUAAAAAUUAUCUAUAUUCUAUUUUGGGGGGCCAGGAUUUUUGUAUGCCAUAUUUGCAGUUGACCGGUAAGCAAAACAGGAAUUUCCAUCCCAAGAAAAUACAGUGAUAAACAAUAAAUAAUAUUAACAUGGGUUACAUUUUUUAAAGGAAGGAAUUGAAUAAUCAUUUGUGAACAUCUGUGUCCCUAAUAGCCCAAUAAAUCAUUAAACAAAAUAGUAGGACAAUGACGUGCUCUUUGUUUUCUACUAGGGAUUAAACUCAGAUCAUCAUAAAUGAUAAAACAACUACAAUGUUGUUUUUCUAAAGUGAGACUAAUCUCCUUGGAUUACCUUAUGUUUUGUAAGAAAAUACAGGAGCAGUGCUUAUCUACUGUUGUUAAUUACCUGAUUUCAAAAGUAGCUUUUAUAAAAAUAAAUUAGGAACAUAAAUUCAUUAUAGUAACUUUCAAUUAACAUGUUUUCAUGCUGUUGAAAAUUCAUCUAGUCUAAGUCUCAAUUAUUUAUUUUAUAACAAACAAGAAAGCAAGAACAUUGAUUUCAAAUUCAUUUUAAAUUUUCCAUUUGACGUUUUGUUUGUGUUUUUUGGUUCUUGCAGUCUUAAAUCACUCAGUUAAUAUGGUGAAUCUCUAACUUAGUGUUAUAUAUAUUGCAUUAAUUGUAACAACCAAUACAAUUUCCCUAAGUGUAGAUACUAAUCUAUUCAUUCUUGAGAAUUUGAGUUAAAGUGAACAAGAUAAAAAAUUCAGGAUUUUUAGUAUCUGUAGAAACUGUAGAAUAAAUCUGUAAAUUCUGAAACAAGCGGACAAGUUCAGUGUGAAAAAGCCAGUAGGAAACCAAAACUGACUGUUCUUCAUUUCCGUAGUAAGACCCGGAUUUUCACAGACGGAGACUGGUUCAUCCCUGCCUUGGGUUCCUGGCUUUCCUCUCCAUACACCAUAUACCGCAAUGCCACCCAUUUUCACAUUGCUUAAAUGUCACAUUUUUAUGAAAACUUUUUUGUUAAAUUCAACCAGUUAUGCACUCUUGCCUCUAUGCCCAGAGAUUUUAAGAUGCACUUCUCAUUGAACUCAGCAUUUACAUUCUUCCUUAGGUUAUGUUUAUUUGUGUACUUACCACACUCUCUUCCUUCAGGGAUUACUAUCAUAUUACUUUAUAUCUAUGUUGUUGAUUUUGAUCAUGCUAACAUUUUUACUCACUCAUCUAUUUGAAUUCAAUGGCUAAAUUUUAGAUCAACAACAUCUUUGUGCAUUUUUAACCUGUUAAACUAUGUUGGUGCAUUUUGUACAUAAAUAUGGAUUUUACCAGACUUAAAACAUUAACAGGAAUGCUCUAAAUUUUGAGGAGUAGGUAUUAAAUCUUACUGUUUCUAGGAAUUAUUUUUCAGUGUGAAUCAUUUUUUUUAAAUUGACCAUAAAAUUGUACAUUUUGUGUGGUACCAUAUGAUGUUUCCAUGCACAUGUACAUUGUAUAAUGUUCAGAUCAGGACAAAUGUUCAAUUUUUAAUUCAAUUUUUGAUCCACAGAAUCCUUGAUUUGCAAAUCAAAUAUAGUAUUUUAACAGUUAAUGACAAGUUUAUAGAAUUUUUUUGUUUUCUGACUUGAGAAUUUAUUAUAGAACUGAGCUUGAAGUGGAAGAAAUACAAAACAACUUUGAAAUAUCCUAAGUAAAUAUCUAUUUUCUUUUUUUACUUAUAAAAAAUGACCACUUAUUAGUGUGUACAACCUAUUCUAAUCCAUUAAAUUUUUAUUUUUAUAUUUAUUUAAGCAUCUUCUGUACAUGACAAAAUGUAUUUCUGUGGCUGCCUUUUAUGAUUGUUCAAAGUAGAAUUAUUAAUGUUCUAUUUAAAAUGUAUUUUUCUAGUGACAAAGGAAUAUCUUUUUAAUCCUGAUAUGCAUAUUUAAAAGUACUAAGAUAUUUCUUUUCAUAUUUCUUGCCCGGUUUAAUAAUACUUGUGUGACAAAUAUAAAGAAUAUAUAACUUCUUCAAGUUGUAUCUAAUCCAAAAUAAUAAAAGAAAAAAAGUGUAA